AUGACCGAUGCCUUUCCUCAGAUUUCAGCGCCUGGAGGCAUGGAGGGCUUGUUAUUCAAUGACUCUACUCAUACUUUAAAUAUCGCGAGCGCCGCGAGUACACCGGACGUCGAACUUUCUCCCAGCGUAGUGGAGAAGCUGUAAGUAACGAUGCCGUUCCUUCAAACACAGAGAGAUACCUUACUCAAAUAUCCGACAUGGGAAAGAGUUUAUAUAUACUUCGAGCAUUGUCGGGGGCCAUUCUUUGUGUUUCAGGACACGUCACGAAUUUCUUCCUUGAUGCUUGAAUCUUCGAACGAAUGUGUGGCUCUUAGGUACGCCAUCUGCGCUCUCUCGAUAUCGUCGUCUCCCGAGUGCACUGCUUGGCACAUGGCAAAUGCGGAACUCGAUGAGCCUGUGUCUAGUCAGGGGCAAUUUAUGUACGAGGCUGCCAAGAGGGCUAUGGGUCUGCAUGAACUAUAUCAGUCAUCACACUCCCCAUCUCUCCGUGUACUCCAAGUUACUGUACUACUCGGACUGUAUGAACUACGCUGUUCUCGAUUUUGUCAGGCAUGGAGCACUGUGAGCCGCGCAGUUUGGAUUGCGGAUUCUCUUAAGCUUCACUUCCUCGACACUUCCCCGCCGUUCUCGCAAUUUCCCGACGAGAAUAUCGACGAUGUGCAUGCAGCUCUCUGGGCCACCACUGCACUCACCGGAUUCUUUUCGUUAAGUGGCAGAAUGAUUGGCACCACGGCUGGCUCUGAAAUUUCUUCAAAAAUGCCACUUCCUACCCAGGAUUUCCAUGUCUCCGGGUUUGCAGACCUGUCACCACUAACUAUGGCCCACCUCUUCAGCAGAAAGGCGCCGCGUAGGCUGACUGUGCAUGAAGCCAUGUGCGCUUGUGGUGUUAUUCUUCCCAGGAUUAUGUCCCACAUUCGUGCUACUUAUGAGGACACAAUACUUCCACCUUACAACUUCUGGACCAAUCACCAGAAAAUCCACGGCGCUAUUGGCUAUAUUACCACCUUGGCACAAGACGCGAUCGAAAUUGAGCCAGUGAUAGACGUGCUACUCAAUGCCUUUUCCAUAGUACUCCACGAUGCAGCAAGAAGGAGAAGGCAUGAGUUGACUGUCCAGAAUUUCAAAAGCGCCUGGUCCGCCGAAGAAAGGGCCGUCCAGCACGCGUGUCACAUCAGCAAGAUAGUUCAGGUUCGAACAUUAUCCCAAGACUGCUGGGCUACAAUCACUGGUAGUUGGGCACUGUACGUCGCUUUAAGGUCACUUCUACAGCGUCAGCAGCGCAUUGCCUUGGGGGAGACCUACCCAGUCGCACACUUUCAGCAAAACAGCGAUCUUUCGGUCUAUCAUAACGAUUUUAUAAGUGUCGGUGAUCCGAUCAUCACACCUACCACUGUGGGGGGGAACUUUGAGUCAUUCGGUGACUCGCCCAGUUUACUGGCCGAUGCCUUGGUACUAGACUCGAUCAACUCCCUCAGAUUAGCAUUGGCUGAGCGCAGCAACUUUUGCCCGCUUACAACCUUUUUCCUAUCCCAGGUAGAUGUGGAAACAUCUUAUCUGACAGAGAAUAUGUACAGUGACAUCCUUGGGUGUAUCGAUUUUACGGCGUCAUCUCCGAUGAGUUAAUUUAGGUAGCUGGACAUUUACGGCUGGGCUGCGUUUUAUCUGGUUUUGGGUACGUGUCAUGGUGCAUGACACCAGGAGAUACAGUCGUAUGCAGCAUCAUUUCUUCCCUAUGAGUGAUUAUACUACACUCGCUCUAUACUUCCUAAUAUUUUGUUAUACUUGGUGAGGGUUUAGUCAGG